AUGAAUCCAUCCAAAGCCAGAGGCCGCCGCUCUUUUUUCACCCCUCGCAUAUCGAGCUGUGUCUUCGUGUUCCUCGUUUGGUUUCUUUGGCAUCACCUGCCAAGUCCACCGGUCACCCAAAACAAUACCCGCGCAGAUCGACCACCUCCGAGGUAUCGAGUGGAGGAUCAACCCCAUUUCCUCUACCAGUCAUCCUUUCGAGAAUCUCCAGAUCUUCAAUACGAGAGCGAAAUCUCAGAUGCCUUGGAAAGUCUCGCCGAGAAUGUACUAGCCCAGAGUCGGGGAAACGACAAAUCCGAGGAAAGAAUCUGGCAGAUAGCGAGCGAUGAUACGAUGCGGGGCGCAGAUUCCCGAGAGUUUGAAGCGAGGAAUAGCGAGUGGAAAUAUACUUUGGUCGAUGAUAAGAAAGCCACGGCAUUUGUGACGACCGAGUUAUCUGCCAUCCCAGAUAUCGCCGCUGUUUUUAAAUCGUAUCCCCACAACGUGCUGCGGGCAGACUUGCUCAGAUAUUUGCUUCUCUGGUACUACGGAGGCUUCUAUGCAGACAUCGAUGUCUUUCCGGCCCGCUCCAUCAAGACAUGCCCAGCACUCCAACCGUUUUUGCCGAGAGCGGAAGACAUUACCCCAAAUGUGUCUCUUGUCGUCGGUGUCGAGGUCGAUGAGCCAUAUGCUUUACCGCAAUUUAUGCGUGACUGGCAUUGGACGAGAAGCUACGGGUUGAUUCAGUACACAAUGUACGCGCCUCGUCGCUUCAGUCCACUUUUGCGAGAAGUUAUCGUCCGUAUACGGGGGAUUUUCCAUAGCGCACGCUACGAUGAAAAGGCAAUCCUUGGUGUCACGGGGCCAGAUGUUUUCACAGAUGCUAUUCUGGAGACUCUUUCCUCCUCUUUGCCCUCAAACCACCCUUUCAUCCAGCAGUCAGUUGCUGCAGAUUCCGGCAUCAAUGACCUUGUGUCUUCGAUAACAGGAGAUGUUGAAGAACGGGUCUCCUGGGCCCCGUUCCACAGACUUCAAGAUCCUGUCUGUGUUCGAGACAGCGAAGGCCUCUAUGGUGCAUCGAAUGGCGGGCUUUGCGUGCUACCAAUCAGUGUGUGGGGCAACGGACAGCGGCAUAGCAAGGCUGGAGGGUUCAAUGAUUUUGACGCCUGCAUAAAUCAUCGUUUCGGUCGCACAUGGAAGAAGGGCUGGUGGGAGUACAUAUUUGGAUAA